UACAGCCACGGUCACGCUGAGCAACAAAUAAUUCCUAGGCAAGCGGGCGGUUAAAUGGCAAAAUAAGCCAUUUAAUGUUUAAGUUUGUUCCUUUCUAGUUAAAUUUGUAACAAUACAACAUGGGUUUCGUGCUGUCCAAGUUUCGGAAGGAAAAGUCUACGGAGACGGUAUUGGAGGGACUGCAGACGCAGAUCCAGGCGUUGGAGAAGUACAUGAUCAACACCGAGGAGCGAAAGCGGCGGUUCGUAACCAACUUUGUGGCAAUUUGUUUGGGCGCCUAUGUCGUGGGCUUCGGACUCUGGUACUUCUUCUACUUCCCGCCCACAGUGCAAGAGUGCUUUAUGUACCUUGUGCCGCUGCUUCUCUUUCCGAUUGUCAUUAUCUUUCUGCGGCGACUGUUUACGUGGUACUUCCAGCGGAAGCUGAACAAAAAUGGCGAUAAGCUGUCCCGUUUGAAGGAGGAGAAGCGCAAGAUAUUGGAGCAGGUCAUGGACAAAGAGACCUAUAAGGUGGCAGUGAAUCUCCUGGAGCGUUUUGGCGAUAAAAAGCAGCUCCGUAUCAGUGGUCCGCAGACCGGAUCGACGCCUAGCCGCCCGCUGGCUGAGCGGACUCCUCAGCCUGCCGCUGCUGCCGCCAGAAUUUCAACUGGUGGUGGACAGCAGCAACGAUCACUUGCUCCAUACAGCAGUGUAUAUCGCAACAAUAACAACAUCAACACUUCUUUGAACAGCAGCGUCAUCAGCACACAGUCACUGGCACCGAUGACGUCAGCAUCCCCACAAUUGCGCGCUGUUCAAGAGCUACGACGACGAUCGCCAUUUCCCAUUGUGGAUGAUCGAUCACGAAGUGCCCUGGAUCGAAUCGUGGACUUCAUCGUGGGUGACAGUCCAAAGGAUCGAUUUGGCAUGAUCUGCAAGGAGUGCCACUCCCACAACGGAAUGCUGCCUAAGGAAGAGUAUGAGUACACUACCUUUAGGUGUGCCUUCUGCAAUGUACUUAACCCAGCUAGAAAGAAGCGACCCGUGGCACCUCGUCUAUCUCUGGAGGAACCCUCGGAAACCGCAACCAAACGAAACGACAGCUCAGAUAGUGAAUCAUCCGAUGAUGACUCUGAUAAAGAGCCAUCAGCACGACGAGCCCUGCUUCAAAAUGUGCCAUCGAGUGAACCUGAUAUGGAUGCCACCACCGUAACGGAAGACUUGGCAAUGGAGACUGAUACACCCGAGACUGGAUCAACUGCCGCCGAGGACAGCAAAGCUGAGUUGGCUGCCAGUUCCUGAGGGCCCACCACCACCACAUCGAUAUGCACCUCUUAGGCGCCAGUUAAGCAAAAUUUUUGGAUUAUUUGCUUAUUUUAGCUUACUUAUUUAACUCAUUUUUAUUGGUAAGCGAAUUUGAAUAAGAAUCAUCUGUUAUCAUGAAUUUAUUGUCGAAGAAUGAAUACAUUGAAUGGAAUACAUACAUAAAUCUUCGAGUA